AUGUCUACUGACACUUUAAAGUCAAUGGCCGCUCCCAUCGCCAAAAAGAGAAAAAUAAGCUGCCUAUCUUGCCGAGCCAGAAAGACAAAGUGCGACGGUCAAAAACCCUGUGCAAAGUGUCUUUUGAAAGGAAAGGCAAGCGAAUGUGUGUACGCACAAACAAGUGGUCCUGUUGGCCGCCCUGCCAAGAAUGCUGUGGUCAACAAAAUGGUGCUUCUCUCUCAAACCACCGACUCACAGAAGCAACAAUUUGUCUAUGAGAAUCUUACUCUAUGUGGGUUGAGUGACUACAGCAAAAUUUUCACCACUCCCUCUCACCGUGAUCACUUUGCUGAUGAUGGUGCCAAGUUGUCGGACUACAUAUCCGGCAUCUUCUCCGUUUACUUUGGGGCCGGUCUUCGAUUUGAUGAAUUAGAAACACCAACCAUAACAACGGAAGAAAACACUGUACUGGUGGAUAAAUCCGAAUCAAUUUUCCAGUUAUUCGAUUUAAAGCAACACUAUUCUUGGUUGGCAAGUGAAGGUGUCAGCAACUUGGUGGCCAGAUGCAGCGACCUCAAAUUGACCAACUUUAGAGACCUCAAUGUCUAUGGGCAUCUCUUGAGAUCGGACCGUAGUGAUCGGUAUUUUGAACGGCAUAGAACACCUACUUUCACUGCCACCGUUCGUCAAAACCCCCUUAAGAGUUUGACCCCACAACAAGCUCUACAAUACACGGAUGUAUUUUUUUCCGUUCAUCCUUGGGCCCCAUUUAUUCUCAACCGAACCCAAAUAUUGCAAGAAUACUUCACUGAUGAAGGCGAUCCAUUGCUAUUGUCCGUCAUUUUCGGUAUAGCCAAAUAUUUUGCAAAGCAAAUGUCAGAAGGCGUGGUCUUUUCUACCGUUGUUCGUAGAGGAGAUAGAAAUGAAUUUUUAAAUUACGCUCACACCAUUUUGGGAGAGACCUCGGCCAAAACCACGGUGGCCAAAUUUCAAGCUGUAACGCUGCUCAGCUAUUUUGAAAUUACCUAUGGACACCCAAAGAAAGGCACUACCUUGACUGCUCUGUCUUAUGUCAUGCUCGGUAAACUUGCCCAAACCGUGGACUUUAGGGACAAACAUUUGGCGGGUCUGGGCUCAUUGCAACGAGAAUUAGUGCGCAACGCAUGGUGGUGCAUCUACAACAAUACGGUGAUUGGCACCAUCGAAUUCGGCCAAGUCCCACGUGAUGCCAUUUUGCCAAGAGAUAUACCCUUCCCAAAGCGUAACUGCGAGGAGUCUGAAUCGUAUCAACUGGACAAGUCGACUGGAAAUACAUCCAUGUUCAUCGCAUAUAAUCACAUCUACGAAUGUUUCUUUGUAGCAUCGGCUGUAUCGGAUUUACUGGCCAAAAUCUGGCGAAUCCUUCCAGAACCUGACCGUAAUAUGUUCAGGAUCAAUCCUACCGUCUCCCAGGCGGCUAAUUGUCCUCCGGAGUUAGAGCGCAAAAAGGUCCGUGAGCAAAUACUGGAUCUCCUGGGUGACUUUGAGGCAUUUAUUACCGCGCAACAAAAGAACCUGAGUGAGCAGCAAGUUUACCAUUUGGACAUGGCAAAAUAUGUCCUGUUCAUCCAUGCUCAUUUCAUGAAGGAAGAAAUGGAUAGCUCUGAAACCAUGUGCUAUGUAUCGGCCAUGAGAAAUGUCUAUUCAAGAUUCGACGAUUUUGAAGUGGUCACCAAACUUCCACCGGGAACUGACUUGCUUGACCGAACAUCUAGCAUGGAUGCAAGCUCUAUUGAAGACGAAGUUAUGGAAGCAGUAUUCCCCCAGGCUAUAGAGCUCGUUAACAAGACCGCAGCAUUUUUGGACAAGAGAGAAGGAAAAUCCGACUUGCUACAGAAAGCACCUGGCUGGAUCAUUCAAGACGGAUUGGAGACCAGCAGCCUGAUUCUUAUGAUUCAAAUGCAAAAGCAAACUAAUGUACCGCAGGCGGUCAUGUCUCUUGAAAAAAUCUUGAAAUUGCUUGAAAUCUCCAAUGUGUAUAACUCACAGGACGAUAUCAAGCGGCUGCAAAUGCGUAUUCAGCAUACAUUGGACGCUUGGAACCAAACCAACACCUCUUCAUCACAGCCACCCUCCACGGCUACGAAGGCCAAUGAACGCGUUCCAACUGCUGACAUUUUAGCUUUUUAUCCUACACCUCCGCCCAACACAACGUAUGGAAACAUCGUACAAUUAAUGUCCAUGUCUCCUGGAGCCUCUAGCGGCGUAUUUGAGUCGGAUGCUGCUUCGACUGAAGAUGGUUUUGCGACUAGUCCUUUAUCUUUUGACGAUUUCCCAGAAGAACAACUCAACAUGGACUCACAUGAAUCCCCCUACCAAGCUAACUUUCAGCAACAACCCACCAUGUUUGAAACCAUGAUGGACAUGGAAGCCCCCUUCCAUAACAAUCAAUUCUCCCAGGCAUCCAACCAGAACUUUUAUCAUCAGCAAACCACAGAUUCGCCUCUUGUAGACGCUGGAGAUUUUUCGGAUCUGGCUAACCUUGAUGCCAACACACUGGCUAUGGAAUUUGGUCUCUCUGAGUUUGACACCAACAUGCUACAGCAACAUAUGAACUUUGACUAUCUUCAGGAAAUCCCAUUAGACCUUUUCGUUUUAGACGACACACCGCAAUAA